UGCAAUUCUUCCUGGGUCCCCAACUUAGCGCUUCUUAUUGCUAAUAGCUCAAACUCCUAUUCUCUAAGGAAAGGAGGCCAAAAGGCAUUGGUACCAUCAUUUCCUAGAAUUUCCUCCAAGGUACUAGUCCAAUAUGAUUAUGAAUGGGGAUGUCAGUACUAAAUCAGGAUCCUGGAGUUAGUACCCACAGAAAUCAGAGAAAUGGGAAGAUAUUAGAAGAGAAAGAAAGGAAGACUGAGAGGCAUGAAAACAAGAAAAGAAAGCACAAGGAAGAGAGGGGAAGUAUAUAGAGAGAAAUGGGCUGAGCUAAUUAGGAUGGGAAAAAGACAUAAUUUGAACUCUGAUAUCAAGAGUUAAGAUUAUGAGGAAGGACAAAGAGAAAGGAGCAGUAGAAGGAAGAAAGGAAGAGGUAGGGUUGGUGGAAAGAAUGUAUUAUUACAGAAAGAGACAGAAAUGGAAAAGGUGACUUGGAGUAAAAAGAACUGAAGGAAAAAGAGAUGAGAGGCAGAGUUGGGUGAAAGAGGAAUUGGGGGACAAAACUAAGUGGAAAAUCCUUGACCUUCCAAGAGAAGAUUAGUGUAAGUAACUGGAUGAGGAUUACAAAUUGUCUCUAAAUUUGUCCCACAAAGUUAGGGGUUCUAAAAGGGUGGAGGCCCCUAGCUUUGUAGGAAAUGAGUCAGAACCAGGAGAGGUGCUUUCAUUUCUCCCCCCACAAACACAAACAUCAACCACAUAGAAUUGAGGUUAGACUGAAGCUGAAAUCUAGAGGUUGGGGAAGAAGAGAAAAGGGACAUCUCUUUCUGCUUCUCUCUCACCCCUGCCCCAUACUCCUGGGCUGUAAUUACCUUUGGAAGACUCCUGCACCAAUAUCUGGUUUGCAUUUUUUACAGCAAGACUCUACCUGGUCCUCCAGAAACCAAAACAGUUACCAUCUUGCUUUCAGGAUAUGAGAGCUGGAACUUUUGCAAUAUUCCUAGGGCUCCUGCUGGCUUUGGGCAGUGGCCAGAGGGAGCCAGAUACUGGGGUCCUAUCUACAGAUGAGAGCCUGGAGAGAGAAGAUACAGAUCUCCGCCCUAGGACACCCUCUGGGUUCUGUCAGUCAGUUUCCUCCUGCAAGGAAUGCAUCCUUUCCCACCCCAGAUGUGCCUGGUGCAAGCUGCUGAACUUCACCGCCGCGGGGGAGAAGGAGGGGAGGCGGUGCGCCCCGCGAGAGGAGCUGCUGGCCCGGGGCUGCCCGUCCGAGGAGCUGGAGGAGCCCCGAGGGCAGCAGGAGGUGCUACAAGAUGAGCCCCUCAGCCAGGGCGCCCAGGGCGACCGCACCACGCAGCUGGCCCCGCAGAGGGUUCGGGUGAAGCUGCGGCUGGGCGAGACCCAGCGGCUCCAGGUACGCUUCCGUCGCGUGGAGGGCUAUCCGGUGGACCUGUACUACCUCAUGGACCUGAGCUACUCCAUGAAAGACGACCUGGAGCGCGUGCGCCAGCUGGGGCACGCGCUCCUGGUCCAGCUGCGGGGGGUCACCAGCUCGGUGCGCAUCGGCUUUGGAUCCUUCGUGGACAAGACAGUAUUGCCUUUUGUGAACACGAUACCUUCCAAGCUUCAGCAUCCAUGCCCCUCACGCCUAGAAAAAUGCCAGCCACCCUUUAGUUUCAGACACGUGCUGCCCCUCACCGAUAACGCCUCUGCCUUUGAGUAUAAGGUGGAGCAGCAGAGUGUGUCGGGGAACCUCGACUCACCUGAAGGGGGUUUUGAUGCCAUCUUGCAGGCUGCCCUCUGCCAGGAGCAGAUUGGCUGGAGAAACGUAUCCCGGCUGCUGGUAUUUACGUCAGAUGACAUAUUCCACACGGCAGGGGAUGGAAAGUUGGGUGGUAUCUUCAUGCCCAGUGAUGGACACUGCCACCUGGAUGCUAAUGGUUUCUAUAGCCGAAGCCGAGAUUUUGACUACCCUUCUGUGGGUCAAGUAGCCCAUGCUCUAUCUGCUGCCAACAUCCAGCCCAUCUUUGCUGUAACUAGUCCUGCAUUGCCAGUCUACAAGGAGUUGAGUAAGCUGAUCCCUAAGUCAGCUGUGGGGGAGCUGAGUGAGGACUCCAGUAAUGUUGUACAGCUCAUCAUGGAUGCAUACAAUAGGCUGUCUUCCACUGUGACUCUGGAGCACUCACCACCUCCUCCUGGGAUCCACAUUUCUUAUGAGUCCCAGUGUGGUAAUUCUGAGAUAAGGGAAGGCAAAGAUGAUCAAGGCCAAUGUAGUCAAGUCCGAAUUAACCAAACGGUGAGUUUCUGGGUAAAUAUCCAUGCUACUAGCUGCCUCCCCACACCCCAUCUCCUGAAGCUCCGGGUUCUUGGAUUCUCCGAGGAGCUGAGCGUGGAGCUGCACACCUUGUGUGACUGUAACUGCGGUGAUGUACAGUUACAAGCCCCCCAUUGCAGCCAUGGCCAAGGCGACCUCCAGUGUGGAGUCUGCAGCUGUGCUCCAGGCCGCGUGGGUCGCCUGUGUGAGUGUUCCGAGGCCGAGUUGUCGUCCCCGGAUUUGGAGACUGGCUGCCGAGCGCCCAACGGGACGGGGCCCCUUUGCAGCGGGAAGGGUCAGUGCUGGUGCGGCCGGUGCAGCUGCAACGGGCAGAGCUCUGGGGACCUCUGCGAGUGUGACAACGCCAGCUGUGAGCGGCACGAAGGCAUCCUCUGUGCAGGCUUUGGCCAGUGCCGCUGCGGGGUCUGCCACUGCGACGCCAACCACACGGGCCAAGCCUGUGAGUGCAGCAAGGAGACGAGCAGGUGCGAAAGCCCGCGCGGGCUCUGCAAUGGGCACGGCUCUUGUCACUGUAACCAGUGCCAGUGCCUGGAGGGUUACUACGGUGCCACGUGUGAUCAGUGCCCAGGCUGCAAGACAGCGUGUGAGAAGCACAGGGACUGUGCUGAGUGUGGGGCCUUCAAGACGGGGCCCCUGGCCAACAACUGCAGUCUGGCCUGUGCCCAUGCCAACGUCACAGUGGGCCCAAUGUCCGUGCCAGAUGACAGUUGGUGCAAGGAGAGGAGUGUGGACAACCAGCUGCUCUUCUUUGUGGUGGAAAGCGAGGCUGAGGGCAAGGUUGUGCUGAGGGUGAAACCUCGAGAGAGAGGAGCAGACCACACCCAGGCCAUUGUGCUGGGCUGUACAGGGGGCAUCGUGGCAGUGGGGUUGCUGCUUGUCCUGGCCUAUCGACUCACCGUGGAAAUCUAUGACCGGAGAGAGUACAAUCGCUUUGAAAAGGAAAGGAAGCAACUUAACUGGAACCAGGACAACCCUCUCUAUAGAAGUGCUGUCACUACCACCAUCAAUCCUCGAUUCCAGAACGAGAACCUGCAAUAAGGAGCCAUGCACAGACAGAAGCUCAUCCUUUCACACAACAGCAACAGGGCCCCUCUUAAACCUGACUCGGGGGUCUUCUCAGGACUCGCUUCCCAUCCUUGUUCCCCAUGCAAUGGCCAAGCUGAGGGGUUUCCUAGUCAGAGCUCUCUACCACCUCAUCCCUUUGUCCAUUUCCUACCCCAAAAAUCUGCUUUUAAAAAAAGUGCAAGGGGGAGAGCAGCUAGAUGGCAACAGUGGACAGCUGAAGUUAGGAUGAGUUCAAAUUCAGUCUCAGACAUUUACUAGCUGUUUGAUUCUAGGUAAGUCACUUAAUCCCAAUUGCCUCACCAAAAAAAAAACCCCAAAACAACAAAAACCAAAGUUAAAAAAAAAAAAAGUGCAGGGCAGAAACCCUCACUCACCCCACAAAGGCCAGGGCACUUUCUCUACCCAAAAAGAGUCCUUCUCAAAUUAAAACUAUUGUACUGAAGCCA